AUGGAAAUUUCUUAUCGUUCUAUACGCAUUAUCACCCGGCUUUUAAGAAAACCUUUUGGGAUUGUACAUUAUAAAUAUGCUUCUAAUUCCACGGUUAAAGAAGAAGUUAAUACAGAGAUAGUGACUUCUUUAAAUAAGGAUAUCAAAGCCGGUGGUGUAGUACCUGUAUUCAGAAGAGCUCUUCUUUUCCCAACUCGUAUUGCCCUGCAAGAUGAAUUUGGAAUUUAUACAUAUGCUGGCUUGCAUCAGGCGGCAUCGACUCUUAGUAAAGAUAUUGCUGCACAACUUUUGGGCGAAUCAGAGCGCACCAUCGCCUACCUUUGCAGUAAUGACGCUUCUCACGUCAUUGUUCAGUGGGCUAUAUGGAUGACAGGGAACAUAGCUGUUCCACUCACAUCUCUUCAUCCGCCAGAGAUGCUCAAAUACUAUAUAGCAGACAGCAGUGCUAGUUUAGUAAUAUGCACACAGGAAUAUGAGGAUCUCCUUCGACCCCUCACUGUUGAACUCUCUAGACCCCUGUUGAUCACCAGUAGGGAUAAUGAAGUCACAGCACAAUUGUACCAGCCUAACUCUUCAUUUCUUAAGCCAAAGAUGGAAGAAAGUUUGAGUGACACUGGGAAAUCCAAUAUGUGGUAUGGAAUGAAAGAUGCUAUGCUUAUCUACACUAGUGGAACAACAAGCAAGCCCAAAGGCGUGGUGUGGACGCAUAGUAUGCUGAGCACUCAGAUCGCGGCUUUGCAUGCCGCUUGGCAGUACUCGGCCAAUGAUGUCGUUUUGCACACACUGCCACUGCAUCACAUACACGGGCAAUUGAAUUCUCUGAAUGCGUCUUUAGCUGCUGGGGCUCGCAUCCGAAUGCUGCCAUCAUUCGUGUCGCACGCGGUGUGGUCGCGACUACUGGGCAUGGGGGAGCGUGAGGAAGCCCGCGUGUCGGUGUUCCACGGGGUGCCGGCCAUGUACGCGCGCCUGGCGGCCGACUACGACACCAUGUUCGCGGGCGCGCGCACCGCGCAGUACGUGCGCAGCACGCUCGCUGCCAGGCUGCGCCUCAUGUGCGCUGGCUCCACUCCACUACCAGAGACACUAUUCCGGAAAUGGGAGGAGAUAUCGGGUCUACGUCUGCUAGAACGUUACGGCAUGUCAGAAGUGGGCAUGGCGCUCAGCAACCCGUACCGGCCCGUGCAGCAGCGCUGCGUGGGCUGUGUGGGCCGCCCACUGCCGGGCGUGGGCGCCAGGGUUGCCACCUCAAACGACGACACACUCGCACCCCUAAUUACGGUCGAGACUCCCAUGUGCGACACUGAUAUAUCCUUAGAAAAACUAGGUCUGACCGGUAAAAAGGAACUCUCCUGGGAUGCGGAUGGGAAUGAAUGGAAACAGCCUAAAGUCACGGUGCACAAGGAGAGCGAAGAUGGCGAAUAUCAAGGCGAAUUACUUCUGAAGGGUCCUAGUGUCUUCACUAGAUACUGGAAUCGCAUGUCAUUGCUAAACUCAUCGGAAUUCACGAGCGACGGCUGGUUUCGGACGGGCGAUACCGUGGUGUAUCACGACGGCCGCUUCAAGAUCCAAGGCCGUACUUCCGUAGAUAUAAUCAAGACGAGCGGGUACAAAGUAAGCGCGUUACAAGUGGAGUCCGCGAUACUGGAGCACCCCAGCGUCGCAGAUGUCGCCGUGUUAGGAAUAAAGCAUGACACUUACGGAGAGAUAGUGUCAGCAGUAGUCGUGCUGAAGGAUAAAGCCAAGUUGACAUUGAGAGAACUGAAGGAUAUGGCUGGCAAGAAAUUGGCUCCCUAUCAACUUCCAAGAAAACUACUAAUAGUUGAUCAAAUGCCAAGGAAUGCAAUGGGCAAAUUGGACAAAAAGGAGAUUAAAAAAAUUUACGGAGAAAAAUUGGUGCGAGGAAAGAGUUCCUAA